UUAUUGAAAUUAUAUAAUUUAAUGAGGAUAGUUUUGACCUUUUUAAUAAUUUUCAUUCUUUCUGACUGACUCUCUGAACCCAUAGAGUAUGAAUCUAAAGGGAUAUUUAGUCGUGCUAAACUGAACCAGGAAGAGCAUUCAGUAAGGGGCUUUGGCAUCCCGACUGGAUUUAAGAGGAGAAUUUCUCAGAUAGAUUCACCUGGAGAGGAAAAACCAGGCUCAUUGAGACAAAAUUUAGGGCAUAAUAGGCAAAGACCUUUCCCUGUGCUUGAAAGCCAGGCUUAUGAUUCCCUCGUUGCUAGCAAGGAUGCUGAAGUUAUUAAUAUUAAUACUCCUCCUCAACCCGAGACGAUACCAGAGAAUUCAAUUUCUCCACAUGAUGUUUCUGAAAUAAGAGAGAAAACUGAGAAUAUUGAGAAUAUCGAUAAUAUUUAUGCGACCCGUAAAGCCUGGGUGCUGACAAUCAUCAUCACUAUUUCUGUUGUUCUCGCCUUUGUUAAAUGAGCCCAUUUCAGAGGGACACUGGAUGAGUCGACAGAAGAAAUCAAUUAUAGGUAUAAGCAACUCAGACUGGCAAGAGAAGUCCUGAGACGGCAUAGAGAGCUUGAAGAAGAAUCAGUUAAGUUAAGCCAUUCUGAGUCAAGGUCUUGUAAGAGUAAUAGAUUUUAAUCAAUUUCUAUAACAAGGGAA